CAUGGUGGUGGAGCGAAGUAUAAAACCAUCCCAUUUCCAGUUUAAGCUAACAGUUCACUUUCAACUGUGUUUCGUAUUGUUCUCAAGCCGUGUGCAACAAUGUAUUCGAUGUUUGUGAUCGCUACAACCCUGGCCCUCGCCACAUCCACACUAGCUGGCAUAUAUAGCGACGGCGGUGGAUACGGCGGCGGCGGCGGCGGCGGCGACAUCGGCCACGACUUGGGCGGGUUCGGCGGUGGUGGCUACGGCGGCGGCUACGGAGGCGGCCUCGGAGGCUCCAUCGGCGGCGGCCACGCCGAGAUAAGUCUAGGGGGAGGGGGUGGGGGCGGCCACGGCGAGAUUAUUAGUCUCGGGGGCGGAGGGGGAGGUGGCGGCGGUGGAAGCUACAGCGGCCCCAGCAGCUACGAAGUGGGGGGUGACCACGGGGGCUCGUCUGGAGGCGGCAACGGUGGCGACUACCACCACGGAGUGAGCAUCGUAGGGACGGGAGGAGAUGGCCAUAGCGCCAGUUUUGAUCUGACCAAUCACGCGGGCGGCGGCCACACGGGAACCUUCGGCGGCACCUUCGUCGCUUCGGCUAAGUACGAAGGGCACAGCGGCGUCGCUCAUAAAGUAGCCGACGGGGAUUCCUACGGCGGCGGCGGAGGUGGCGGCGCUGGCUUGAUCACGUUCGGAAGCCCCCACUACUCUGAUAUUCUCAGUGCCAGCGACGGGGGCAGUUCGCUGGGUGGGGGCGGCGGCGGCGGCGGCUACAAGUGGGGCUUCGUGGCGCCCGGGGAGUACCAGUGAUCAGCAUAAUUGAGUAUCUUUGUUACAUUUGUUGUUGUUUCGUUGACUGUUAUCUAUUUAUUAAGUUGUAAUAAAUCUUUCCUACUUUUCUAUAAAA